AUGAAGGCUGUGCACAUUCGCUUGCUUCGCGACUUUAACGGGACUUCCACAAUGGGGGAAAGUCGCUCCUUCCACAGCAAUCCACAAUCAGCGAACCAUUCGCCGAAUUCUUCCUUCGGCUUCGAUGCAAGCUCAGGCCAAGUGCUAAUCAGUAAUCUGAGUGAAGUCACGAAGAGUGAGAAAGUUAGAGACACCCACUAUGCAAGUGGAAUGGUUCAACAACGUGAACGGUUAAUGCCUUUCAUGGACGUUUUCGCGACUCGCACCGCUCCUCACGAUCAAAGCCUGACGGGAGCAGGAGCGCUCUUACCAGCGAGCUGGCGCAUUGGCUGCCGUCUCCCGCUUGAGCUCCGUCCACUUGUAGCCCGGGCUAUAUAA